CAUACUCCAUUUUUCCGGCGCUGAAUAUCUCUUCCGGUUUUUCGUGCGUUAACCUCCCAUCGUAGGAGUGAAGGCAAGAUGAAGUUAAACAAGCUCGUAACCUCCUCAAGAAGGAAAAAUCGUAAACGCCACUUCACAGCACCUUCCCACAUCAGACGUCGGCUCAUGUCCGCACCCCUGUCCAAGGAAUUGCGUCAAAAAUAUAAUGUCCGUUCCAUGCCAAUCCGCAAGGACGAUGAAGUGCAAGUUGUAAGAGGCCACUACAAGGGUCAACAGAUUGGAAAAGUCAUCCAGGUGUACAGAAAGAAAUUCGUCAUCUACAUCGAGAGAAUCCAGAGGGAAAAAGCUAACAGUGCCAGUGUAUAUGUCGGCAUUGACCCCUCAAAGACUGUCAUUGUCAAAUUGAAGAUGGACAAGGACCGUAAGAAGAUCAUCGACAGACGAAGCAAGGGACGUGCAGCUGCCCUCGGUAAAGACAAAGGAAAGUACACCGAGGAGACCACGUCUGCUAUGGAAACAUCGUAAAUCUGAGUGUUCUUCUCCUACGUAUAAUAAAAAAAACCAUAAAAUUUUCA